AUGGCAACCCUUCAGGCUUCAAGCAUAUUUUGUUUGAAGGGCAAGAGCUCCUUACAAGUCAUACAUUUUUGCAAAGGGUCUGUUAUAAGAGCCACCAAUACAAAUAACAACGCACAAAAAACACAAGCAACUCUACCUCCUCUUUCAAGUUUCCCAUCUAGGACUUUGUCUGAGGGCUUGGAUAUUGGCAGUACUGGUUCUACAAUUAAUGCAGUGACUACUACCCAAACAGAAAAACACUCUCUUAAUUUCUCCACUUCCAAUACCAACACUACUUGUUCCAUCAAACAAAGCGAGGAGCUUUCGAAUCGAAUCGCAGUUUCCAAGUUACAUGCAAUCAUGGAGGCUGUUGCAGAUAGAGUAGAGAUGCAUAAUAAUAUUGGAGCUCAGCGUGACAAUUGGAAUCGCCUUCUUCUUACAUCCAUCAAUGCUAUCACUCUCACUGCUGCAACAAUGGCUGGAAUAGCGUCGGCCAUAUCUGGUACUGGGGCACCCUUUAUGGCACUCAAGCUCUCUUCCACCAUACUUUAUUUGGCAGCCACUGGAAUGUUGGUGGUGAUGAACAAGAUCCAACCAUCCCAGCUCGCCGAAGAACAGAGAAACGCUGCUAGACUCUUCAAACAGCUUCGUAUCCAGAUCCGAACCACACUGUCUCUUGGAAAUCCUACCUCCGUUGAUGUAAACGAAGCGAUGGACAAAGUUCUGGCUUUGGAUAAGGCAUACCCUCUUCCAUUAUUAGGCAAUAGAAUGCUCGAAAGAUUCCCAGAUACCGUCGAACCCACGGUUUGGUGGCCGCGGAAACAAAGAGACAGACAGCAAGCUGAUUAUCAAGAACGUGGAGGAAUUAGAAAGGAAGUUGAAAACGGUUGGAGCAGAGAGAUGGAGGAGGAAAUGAGAGAGAUUGUUGGGGUUAUAGAAGGGAAGGACAUGGUUGAUUACUUGAGUUUGAGUAGAAAGGCUCUUGGAGUGAACAGAAUCUUAGCGAUUUCUGGUCCUUUAUUAACCGGCUUUGGAGCUUUGGGGUGUGCUUUUGUGGGUAUUAUUCAUGGAGCAUGGCCUGUUGUGGUGGGAGUCGUUGCAGGAGCCAUGGCAAGCGUUGUGAAUGCAUUGGAGCACGGCGGUCAAGUUGGGAUGGUCUUUGAAAUGUACCGGAGUAAUGCCGGUUUCUUUAGGCUCAUGGAGGAGACCAUUGAAUCGAACCUGAAUGAAAAAGAUGCCGGAAGAAGAGAGAAUGGUGAAGUGCUUGAAAUGAAGGUGGCUUUGCAGCUCGGUAGAAGUCUUUCGGAACUCAAGCAUCUUUCUUCUUCUUCGAGAAAUGGUGAGGCCCCGGAAGAGUUUGCUAGCAAGCUUUUCUAA